GUCCGCGGUCGGGCGGUCCGCGCCACAACGAACGCGCGCUGCAAACGCGUUAUUUUCCUCGGAGGUUUCGGUGAUAACGUCUCCGUGAUAACGCAACGGUUGUGCGAUAACAUGGCAGUGAUUACGCGAUGACGGCGGCGGUUUCCGCUGUAAACUCGCUGUGUUUCAACGGCGAUAAUACCUACGAGAUAUUGUUUUUUAAUUUAUUACACUGUCAACUGUACAGUAAAUAUCCUUCACAUAUUUCCCAUCAAUUAUUGUCGCGUAUGCGUUUGUUACGGGUUUCCUGCCACGUAAACGACGUUACAACCAACAGUUUUAUUGUGCGGAAAAUUUCACCAAACUCGGUUCAUAUUCAACAGCCGAUUGAAACCAAAUAAAAUACCGUAACCGUCUACGAAAAUUAAUCCAAAUACCAGGUAAUGUUGCGAGUCUUAGUUCGGUACAACGUGAUUUUCACCUAGAUUUUCUUUAAAUAUUCUAGAAUGGCCAAAGUAAUUUUAGUCACUGGCGGAUCGGGAUUAGUGGGCAGUGCCAUCAAGAUGAUAGUCGAGAGCGGUGCGUUAUCAGACGAACAUUGGAUAUUUACUAACUCGAAAGAGGCAGAUCUCAGGUGUAAUAUUGGCUCAAAUAACGUUUAAGAAUUUUAAAUUUAUAUUUAAACGUUUACAGUGAUUUACAACAAACAAAAGAAUUAUUUGAAAAAUACAAACCUACCCACGUUAUACAUUUGGCUGCUAUGGUUGGUGGUCUAUUUCAUAACAUGAACAACAAUUUGGACAUGUUGGUAAUUUAAUUUCACCUUUAUGAAAAAUAAGAUUAUCUAUUCAAAAAAAAAAAAAAAAAGAAACAUUAAUUCUAUUUUACUCAUAUAAAAUAUCUUGCAAAUAGGUACCUGUUGUCUAGAUAAAUUUUAAAAAUAAUAUAUAAUUAUUAAAAUCUAAUCAUUUUUAUUUCCUUGAAAAUUGGAUUAAUUAGGUUAGUAACAAUAACAAUAUUUUGAAAUUUGUAAGAUAUGCAUCAAAAAGUAAAAAUUGUAUUAUGUGCCUCAUAAAAAAACCAUUAUUAAUUAUUUAAUAUUUAGGUAGUUUAUAGUAUUCUUUUAAGAGGAGAUGCCACACAUGCAUUUGUUGUUUCUAUCUUACAAGUACACAUUAUAUUGUAAAAAAAAAAAACACUUUCGCAGACUUGCUUAGUUUUAAUUUAGAGAAAAAUCAUAUAUUAUGAAAUUAAUGAAAAACAAUAGGUAUUCUGGAAAGCAUUGUUUUUUGGAAAAAUUAUUUUUUUAAAAGUUAAAGAAUUAAAAAUGUUACUUAUAAACAAUAAAUUAUCUGUUAUAUUCAGAGAAAAUGGAAAAGCGCAAUUUGUCUAAUUAAUAACUGCAUUACAAGUACUAUGAAUUAUUUAUUAGGAACAUAAAUAUCCUCUAAACUGGAUAUUGAGUACAUUUUAGAAUACUACAUAAAUAAAUAAAAAAUAUAUUUUUUUUUUUUAUUAAUAAUCUUUGCCUUUUUUUCAGCGGAAAAAUAUACAUAUUAAUGACAACAUAUUGGAAACAAGUUUUCAGUACAACGUAAAAAAAGUGGUAUCGUGUCUCUCCACUUGUAUAUUUCCAGAUAAAACUACAUAUCCAAUCGAUGAAACUAUGGUACUGCUAGUAUUAUUAUUUAGUGCUUAAAUAAAGUAAAAAUUGUAUUUUGCAUGUAUGCAAAGUAUAUCAAUUUUAAAAUAGGAUAUCAAUCCCUUCUUGAAUUUCAAAAUGUUUAUGCUCAUAAUUCUAUGAAAUAUGGUUUUACAAGUUCAAAUAAUUAUUUUAUACUUUAUUUAACUUUUAAACUUGAAUAUUAAAUUCCCUUAAAAAAAAAAAAUCAAAUUUUGAAGUUAAAAAUGUUUUUUUAAAAAUAAAUUUGAAGUAGAUUUUACAUUUUUGUAUAAAAAUGUUUAAAAUACAUCAAAACUGAAUUUGACAUUAUUAUUAAUAUUGCAUUUACUCAAAUUUCUAUUUCACGAUUCUUCUAAAUAAAUGUUAAAAUAUAAAUGUUGUUAUUUAAAUGAUUAUCCAUAUUUAUUUCAGAUUCAUAAUGGCCCUCCUCAUCCAUCCAAUUUUGGUUAUAGCUAUGCCAAACGACUUUUAGACAUUUCUAACAAAGCGUACCAUCAAAAACAUGGAGUGAUAUUUACUUCGGUAGUACCCUGUAAUGUAUUUGGACCACAUGACAAUUUUGAUUUGCAAAAUGCUCACGUUGUACCUGCUCUUAUCCAUCGACUUCACAUAGCUAUAGAAAAAGGUUUGAAAUUAAAUUGAAAAAAAAAUGUAUCCGCAUAAUAAACAUGUGAUACUUAUGUGCAAUUCUACAAAAAUUUAAGUGAAAAUCAUGUCAGAUAUUUUAUUUUUUCAUACCCAUUAGUAGACUUAGUGGACCCAAUAGUGACCUUAUUAGUACUUAAUAUUAUUUUUUAACACAUGGUACAAUUUUGUGAUAAACAAUAUCGAUGAUAAUAUAUAUGUAUAAACUUUAUACAGUUUGUAUUUAUUUGAUAUUUAGUUUAAACACAAUUUAAUGAUUAAUAUGUUUGUCUCUACUUCUUAAGCUAUUUUUGUUAUAUCUUUUGGAUAAAAAUUAAAUUUAUUAUGUACAUGAAAUCUCAAAUUAAGUUUAUGUACUUGAAAUGUGCAAUUGUAUUUUUCUUACUAUUAAACAGAAAAUGCAUAUGUAUCAAGUAAAAAGAAAAGAUUUGGAAUAAAUAGUUGUAAUUUAGUAAAUUUAUAUUAGGUAUAGUACAUACAAACUAUUAACUAAGUAUAUAUUAUAUAUCAUGUUUAAUUUUAAUUUUCUAUAGUUAAACUAAGCAACACUGCAAAAAGUAUGAUAAAAAUAAACAUUUAGAACAUUUAUUGUAUAGAUAUAUUAUCAUAAUAGUUGAUAUUGUAUAUACAUUGGUGGAAGUUCAUAUGGAAGUUAUUCACACAAAGUUUUUACGUGUAACAAAUUAAAUGGUUUUAUAAUAUACCAAAUUAUAUAUUCCAACCCUAUGAUAAACCUUAUAAGCAAAUGUCUGAGCAUUCUUACUGGUCCAAAACAAUUUUAUCCAAAUAUAACCAACUAGAGAAUUUCAAAUAACUAUAAAUAAUUCUAAAAUACUCAAAUAUUUUCAAAAUUACUAUUUUACUAUUUACCACAUCUAAAAAGAUUUAUUAUAAUUAUUUAGUGAAAAUUUCAGAUCUAUACAAAAAAAUUUUCUAUUUUACAACAAAAUAGCAAAAUCGAUUUUAAUAGAAAUUUAGUCAAUAAAUAUAACAAUUUUCUUCCAAUUUACUGUAAUUAUUAAAAAAAAUCAUGCAUAAGAAUAUACAAAUGAACCAGUUUUGUUCAAUGGUUUUUUAAAAAUGUAUUAGCUCUCUACCAAACCCCUCACAAAGCCAAUAGACAUCAUAAAAAUAAUAAUUGCUUCCAUGUUCUGUUUAGAAUCUAAUAACACUAAUAUUAAAAUAUUAGUUUGUAAAUUGCAACACUUUAUUGAAAAAUUAUUUUCAGGAGAAAAAAAAUUUGUGGUACUGGGAUCUGGAAAACCUUUACGUCAAUUCAUAUACUCGCUAGACCUCGCCAAGUUGUUUAUUUGGACAUUAAGAAAUUAUAACGAAAUAGAACCAAUUAUUUUAUCAGGUAAUAUGAUAUGGUAUUUAUUGUUUGCACCACAGAUAUUUAACUUUUUUUGUGUUUUCUAGUGGAUGAAAAAGAUGAAGUAACAAUCCGACAAUUAGCUGAAAUGAUUGCAAAAUCAUUUGAUUUUCAAGGAGUACUAGAAUUUGAUACCAAUGCUGCCGAUGGGCAAAUCAAAAAAACAGCUAGUAAUAGCAAACUUAAACAAUUUCUACCCAACUUUAAAUUUACAAAUUUAGAAAUUGCAAUAGCUGAAACUGUUGAAUGGUUCAAAAAAAAUAAAAAACAAGCAAGGUUGGUCAAUCAUUAAAAAAAUUUAUUUUUAUACAAAUAAGAUUAGAUGAUAUAUUUUUAUUUGUAUACAAAAUGUCAUAUCUAUUUUAAUUUUGUUAUUUGAAAAUAAAUGGU